CUGCAAAUUAUUUGAAAAGCACAUGAUUUUUCGCGGCUACAGCAGAUCUACAUCGUGUAGUAUUCUGUUUCCCAAAACCCCUGCAAUAUGAAUUCAGUACCCGUCUGGCAAACGAGUCUGAAGUGUAGCAAUCCACAUCUGAAACAUAUGGAGGAAGAUUUGCUCUAUCACCUCGGACUAUCUACGAAAUCUGUCAACUUCAGAAAAGAGUUUGGCGAUGUGAAGUUUGUUUGUGUCGCCGGAAGUGCUUAUCGCAUCAAGGCGUUUGCCCAAAUGUUGGCCAAGGAAGCUGGACUAUCCACCGACCUUCCUAAUCUAGCUGCCGACGGAGGACGCUUUGUUUUGUACAAAGUCGGCGCAGUACUGGCAGCCGACCACGGAAUGGGAGCCCCUUCCAUUUCCAUACUGCUGCACGAAAUGUUCAAAUUGCUGCACUACGCCCACUGCACCGACGUCACUUUUAUUCGACUUGGAACAUCCGGGGGCAUAGGCGUAGAACCAGGUACUUUGGUCAUUACAACGGAAGCACUCGAUACGGCAUUUGAGUCAUUCUAUUCCCUGCGCAUCCUUGGCAAGACUGUGAAACGACCUGCUCCAUUGGACCCUAACCUGGCGGACGAACUGUAUGAACUGGCUCAGACGCUACCUGACAAUGUGCCUGUCGUGAAGGGAAAAACAGUUUGUGCAAACGAUUUCUAUGAAGAGCAAGCCAGACUUGACGGGGCAUUUUGCCAGUUCACGGAAUCAGAGAAGAUGGCCUAUCUGAAUCAGGCCUGCUCGAUGGGUGUGAGAAACUUCGAAAUGGAAUGCACAUGUUUCGCGGCCCAAUGUUACCUGGCUGGCGUCCGAGCUGCGAUCGUCUGUGUGACACUUGUCAAUCGACUGGAGUCUGAUCAAGUUAGACUGAAUCCGAAAACCUACGCCAGAAUACAACAGUUACCAGGUCAACUGGUUUUAGCCUUGCUGCGAAAACACAACGCGUUAUCGGUUUAGCUGCACCCUUGUUGGACAUGCAGAUCAGAAGACAAAUGUGUGAUACACAAUGCACAUGUCCAAGAAUUCUACUUUUCAAUGGCCUCGCAACCUCCCUCGUGUUUCCGACCCUUUACAUUCCAGCCUGAACCUGUACCACUCUGACUUAUCUUCGUACAAUCUUGCGAAGGAUAUGUGAAGUUAUGCAACAAGAUCGGACGUGAUCACCCUUAUUGCUUCAUUUUGCUACUAUUCCAGUUUGUAUUUCCGUUACAAUUUUGGUGUGAACCUCAUCAAAAUGAUUUUGACUAAUGCCUCUUUUGAAUCGCUGUUUCUUGUUUGUUGUUACUUUUUAUUAAGAAUUGCUUGAGCUGCAAUGUUGUGCGUUUUCCACGUGCGCAUGCUCAAAAAUUCAUUCUCU